AUGGACUGCCCAGUCACCACAGAAGGAGACUAUAUCGGCUCCCAUAUGACCGGAUUCCCUUUUGACGACGACGAGUGCCAGCGAGUCGGAGCGCUCGCCUCGAUACCUGUCACCAACGGCGUGCGGUACCAUGCGCAACAGCCUGUGAUGCAGGACUUACAUUAUCCCGGCUCCGCUGCUCUUUCAAUGACUCCUCCAGAUUCCUGUUCUGGUAUGAUCUUCUCGACGGACGAUCAAGACCAUUCCCAGCUGACUGAUCUCGAUCUUCGACAUAGAUUCUUUCUCGCCAACCUCUGGUCCUAUUUUUCCACAUUUAAACCAGCACCAGCAUCCAUUCGACAGGAUGGGAGAGUUUCGAAGAGUCCCGGCUCUGCUUUGCUUUUUUUUUCCAGUCAUCCUCCUGCUAUGCAGACAGCUUCGCACGCCAGUUCCAUUCCAGCAUUGAUGGGGAGAAGUAACGCCUUCUCUUCAACAUACACCCUGCAUCGAGGCAUGGGAAUGCCACUGACAGGUGUGAAUGAUGUCUCCCGUGCUCAUCAAUACUCGGGUACUUCUCGAGUUUUCGAAGGCAUGAUGGAUCGGAAUCAGACUCCCAUCUUCCAGCAGCCGAUAGCAGAGCCUACACCGAGAUCUCAAGCCCAGGUGGAAGCCCCGCCUUUUGAAGAGACGAGUGUCCUCGAGGCAAUCGUAGCGGAAGUUGGGGGCACUCAGCAGACUGUAAAGCCCGAGGUCCAAGCAAAGAUUGGACGAGGCUUCUUUUCAUCUGAUGGGAAAUGGACGUGCUAUCGACGAAAUUAUUUCGCCGUCACUUGCAGUUUCGGUCUUCAUCCUUGGCCUUCCACCGUCCCUCUCUACAUUCGUCACCCAGAUCAGACUCUCGAACCCAUUCGAGGAUUUGCCAUGUCCAUUUCCGCCAUUGUCAAUGGACAAUAUGGGGAUACUCGAGAACUUGUGCAGCACACCCCUAAAAGGGACAAGUUAUCGGAGCGCAAGCCAUGUCGAAUUCCGCUUCAGCCCACUCCGCCUCCAUCACUCGGCGGUUCAACUGCAAACCAUGGCCAUGCUGGUUUUCCGUUGGGUACGCACUCUAUGGAUUACAACACAUCUUUCACAACAGCUCCUCAGCCUUGUGCCCAGCCCGCGACUUCCCAUAUGUUCGAGCGAAUUCAAUUCCAGAAGGCCACUGCCAACAACGGCAAGCGCCGGGCUCAGCAGCAAUUCUAUAACUUGGUGGUUGAGCUCCACGCUGAGGUUUCUGGGCCUGUGGGUAGUGACCCACAGUGGGUUCUGAUUGCUCGGAAACACUCACACCAAAUGGUUGUGCGAGGACGCUCGCCCGGUCACUACAAGGACGGGCGUCGCGAUAGCACUACGAGCAUGGGGCCUGAUGGAAGCAGCGGCGAUGCAACUGGAGGGCUUUCCCAUGGUAUGGGUCAAACUGCACGCUCGCCUCUCAUGAUGUAUGACGGACACCGGGGUAGCGUACCAUACGGACGACCAGACUACCGCCAGAUGUCCACCGCAGAGCACUCCCCUCUAAGUGACAGCCCACUGAUCUCGUCAUCGUCUUCAUCCGCCUUUGAUUACUCCUUGAUGAACGACACCAUGGACCCAAUGGAUACGAUGAAGACGGCAGCUACUCUGGACCCGUAUCAGGAUUCGAUAUUUGCAGGGGUCCCCAAUCACCAUCGCUCGAGCGCAGGCGGAUAUGACCCGGUCUACUCGACCUAUAGCCGUUACGAUCCAAUACAGAAUCCGCAUAGCUUGUGCACCUAG